AUGCCUGAGAUCAUUCACCAUAGUCAGGCUGCCUUCAUUGCUAAUAGAGUUUCAUCUGAUAACACUAUCCUUGCGGCUGAGGUUCUUGGCUUCAUCUCCAAGAAUUGUAAGGAUAAAUUUUUGUGUGCUAAAUUUGACAUUAAGAAAGCCUUUGACACGGUGUCUAGGGAAUUCUUAUUUAAAAGGCUGGAACAAAAAGGGCCUCCUAUGUUAUUUAUUCAGUGGAUCAUAGCAUGUAUUAGUGACAUAAAUUUCUCAAUUUGCAUUGAUGGGGGACUUAAUGGAUUCUUUGGCUCCUCCUCUGGUAUUCGGCAAUGCUGCCCUCUUAGCCCCUUUCUUUUCUGUUUCGUAGUGGAUGCCUUGUCUUGCCUAAUUGAUGGGAACAGUACUUUGAACAGAUUCCAGGGAUUUCAAUUCGGCGAUUUUCAGCUUACUCACUUGACUUAUGCUGACGACUUAUUGAUAUUUGGUAAAGCUGAAACUCAGAAUUGUGAUAAUCUUAUGAAUACUCUUCAAACCUUCUCCUCCUGCUCCGUCCUUAUCCUCAAUCUCAAUAAAAGCUCCCUCCUCAUUUCACCCACUGCUUCUCAUCUAUCUGCCAUUUCCCUUGCUCUUCAAAUUCAUAAUUGCUCCACCACCAUUUCCUACUUGGGUCUUCCCAUCUCCCUGGGGAGAGUCAAGCUCUCCGACUUCUCUCCACUUAUUAAAAAAAUUACUAACCUGCUUUCUGGCUGGAAAGUAAAGCUUCUUUCUUUUGCAGGUAGGCUUCAAUUCAUCAAAUACACCAUUACCAACCUUGUGGCUUAUUGGGUGAGAGGUUCUAUAAUUCCUAAAACUAUUGUUAAGGCUAUUGAUAAAGCCUGCUCCAAAUUUCUUUUUCAGAGGGGUGAUCAGUCAAAACGUUUACAUCUUAUCUCUUGGAAACAUACUACUAUGCCUCACUCUAAUGGUGGUCUUGGUAUUGCUUCUCUUCAAGCUCUUCGAUCGGCUUAUAACUGUGUGACUAUUCUCAGGAUGUAUAAUCAGGAUUCUCAACUUUCCAAUUGGCUAAAAAACAGAUACAAUUCUCCUUGGAAACCUUCUAACCGUAACUGCUCUGCUUUCUGGAAGAAUAUUCAAAUUACUGCUACACGAUUUAAACACAAUUUUAAGUUUAAUGUUCUGGCUAAUAGCCCCAUUGCUACCUUCUGGGAUCAUUGGUGCCCACAUGGCUCUUUUAUAGACUCCUUCCUAGAUUUCCCCCUUUCUUCAGUCAAUGCUGAGUCCCUCACUCUUGCUUCUUGGAUGUGUGAAGAUUCCUGGUUUCUUCCAAACUUCCUCAAUCACCAUAUUAUGGAGUUCUUUACUUCUAUUCCCAUCUCUGUUGGUAACGCCAAUCACAUUACUUGGGAAAACAAUGAAAAUGCCUCUUUUAAGGAUUUCUAUAGGGAAUUCUUCUGUUAUGAAUAUGUAGUUGACUGGGCUCCUCUUGUUUGGCACAAGAAGCACUCCUUGAGACAUUCGGUUUAUUCCUGGUUGGCCCUCUCAAAUGGCCUUAAGACUUCAGAAAAUUUGCGUAUCAGGAAUGUUAUUACUGAGGAUUUUUUAUGCCCCUUGUGUCAUCAAACCCCGGAAACCACUGCACACCUUUUGUUUGAAUGUGACUACUCUUUUAUUGUCCUUACUAGGCUUAUUCCUAAGAUGAAGUGUUUUCUAUUCAGACCAAACAUGGGCCAAGCUCUCCAGUUUAUUGAUGGGUUGGAUGUGAAUAGGGACUUUAAGUCCGCCGUUCUGUUGCUUUUAAAUAUUACUAUUUAUGUUCUUUGGACUGAGAGAAAUGAUAGAAUUCAUAAAGGGACUUUAUCUUGUGCUCCUGGGGGAUUGCUGGGUGGUGAUGUUCUUGGCUUCUGUUAUUUCAAUAUGAUUCUUUCUGGAUUGCUUUGCUUUUUAAGGAUCUUGGGGAAGUUUACAACCACUCAUGGGAUGGUUUUUUGGGAUGCAAGUAUAAGAUAUUACCAGCCUAUGCUAGGAAAGGCUGUCAUUGUGAUUCGUUUUUCUUCUUUUCUGUGGCAAUUCCUUGCUGGUAGGAAUGGUUUUUGGCAGGUUUCUAAAUUAUGUAUGGCAAUUGUUGGUGGAAUUUCUGUUUGCUUCCCAAUUUCAUCAAUUCGCUGCUGCUUCGUUGCCGAUAAGGGAUGCCUUCUUCACUGGCAGGUUUUUUGGGCCGAGGACGAUGAUGAUACCUGCCUCUCCUUUAGGAUGGUCUACGGGCAACCAAAGGAGACUGAUCAUAAAAUGAUUUAUAAUUUACUCUGA